CGCUCGCUUGUUGUGGAGGGAAGCGGCUAGCUCUGUUAGCCCUGUUAGCUCCGUGUGAGUGUUUGAAGGAUAGUUUACUGUAGUUAUUUGUUCUUCCCGUAGUUUCCAAUCAUGGCGUACCAGCUGUACAGGAACACCACUCUGGGAAACAGCCUGCAGGAGAGUCUGGACGAGCUCAUACAGACUCAGCAGAUCACGCCUCAGCUGGCUCUCCAGGUCCUCCUUCAGUUUGACAAAGCCAUCAACACGGCGCUCGCCAACAGAGUCCGCAACAGAGUCAACUUCAGGGGUUCCCUGAACACCUACCGGUUCUGUGACAACGUGUGGACGUUCGUCCUCAACGACGUGGAGUUCAGGGAGGUGACCGACCUGGUGAAGGUCGACAAGGUCAAAAUCGUCGCCUGUGACGGGAAGAGCGAGUCCACCCAGAACAAAACCGAUAAAUGACUCCGGCCCGGCGCUGCAGAGUGACGACUCUCUCCUCCUGUGUGUCAGGUGGAGGCUCAGAUGGACCUGGACUGUACAUAUAAUUUAUUACAGCAGAGUCACAGCCGAGGUGUGUGUGUGUGUGUGUGUGUGUGCGUGUGUGUGUGUGUGUGUGCGUGUGUGCGUGUGUGCGUGUGUGCGUGUGUGUGUGUGUGUGUGUGUGUUCCUGUACCUGCAGCAGUUUUUGUUUUUUUAUUAUUAUCAUCAGUUUACAGGAGGCUUGUGUUCAGUUUGCUGUUAUUAUUGAGCUGGAUCACCUUUAAUAAAAACUUUAUUUAAAACAGA